CUGUUGCUCAGACCGGGUUUCCGAUAUGCUGAUAUCGUGUCGUGUGCCAUGGUCAAAUGCGUCCGGGCGGCUGGAGUUUGCCGUCCAGAUGAGCUGCCAGAGUUGUGUGGAGGCAGUUCAGGCAGCUCUGCAAGAAGUACCAGGCAUCCAGCUGCUCGAAAUCAAUUUAGAUUCACAAAGUGUGCUGCUCGAGACCAGCCUCCAAACUGAGAAAGUCCAUAGCCUUUUGGAAAGCACUGGACGCACGACUGUGCUGAAAGGAAUGGGGGGCACCAUGCCACAACCACUAGGCAGCGCAGCAGUGGCUAUGAUAUCUGGCCCUGGAUCAGUGCAGGGUGUGGUGAGGUUCUUGCAAGUGUCCCAAGAAAAAUGUCUCAUUGAUGGUACUGUGGAUGGUUUGGAGCCAGGCCCACAUGGCAUGCACGUUCAUGAAUUUGGGGACAUCACCAGUUCCUGUAACAGCUGUGGGGACCACUUCAACCCUGAUGGGAACUGCCAUGGGGGCCCACAGGACCCGUACAGGCAUGCCGGGGAUCUUGGGAAUAUCCUAGCUGCUGGUGAUGGAAGGGCUUCCUUUCGGACGGAAAACAACCAACUGAAGGUCUAUGACAUCAUUGGGCGCUCCUUGGUGAUAGACGCAGGAGAGGAUGACUUGGGCCGUGGAAGCCACCCACUCUCAAAGGUCACGGGCAAUUCAGGCGAGAGAGUGGCCUGUGGAAUCAUUGCGCGCUCUGCUGGCCUCUUCCAGAACCCCAAGAAAGUAUGUACAUGCAACGGAGUGACGCUGUGGGAAGAACGGGAACAGCCGGGCAGGAAGGCGGCCAGCCAGCCAACCCCUCAUCUUUAGGAUAUCUGGCUGAGCCUGCACCACCUCUGCUGCAGAUUGUCUGUCUGUUUGGCAUAAGAGUCUUUGGGGCUCUUGCAUUGAAGGGGUUGGCUUGUGGCUGGCUGCCACAAUACCAGUCAGGCCUAGACCCCUUGACAGCAAUCUUCUCCUGGCAGUGGCCUGGGGCAGCAUCUCGGUGUAUGGCCCUGUGAAUUCCACUCUGUCUAGAAACAUUCCAAGAAAAGCAUUUGCCCUCUGGAUGGAGGCUUCUGUGCUCAUAUUGGUUUGGUCUUGUCCUGUUUGAGAAUACUCCCCUUUCCCCACUCCUGUUCCACAACCAUCUUUCCCUGAUCCUCCCACGUUUUACUGGAGUCUUACGCUCCAUUAACAGGGUUGUUCUUGUUCUUCCUGACCGACUGUAGCACUCGGAAAUAAAUUAGGUGCAGCUACAUGGAAGCGCUGGAAAGGCAGAAGCUUAGCCUGCUGGAUAGCUGCUGGUCACGCAACUUUAAAAGCUACGUAGCCUAGCGGGGGAGGAGGUGGCAUCUUGGAAGGGUGCAAGUGGUCCUUGUGAAGGAAUGUCCCAUCAGUUUAAUCUUUCCUUUGAAUUAGGAAAAUGUGUGGAUGGUGGCUAUGCUGAUUUCUAUGGAAAAUUGUUUUUAGCCUUUGGUGUUCCUGGUCGAUACCUGAGUUAAGUGCUUACUAGUGCUGUCAUGGGUGUGUUUAAUGUUAAUUGCCAAGUAUUGUACAAAAGUGCCUUAAUAUCAGACACGCUUGUAAGAUUCCCUUUUUGAAACACUGUCUUCCCUGUUGUAGAAGGAUGGUAGGAUGUUGGGGCAGGUGUCCUUUAAGAUGGGAAGGAGGACCACCCUCGGUGAAGCUACCUUUAUAGACAUAGAUGACUCUUGGCCACAUACUUGCAAUCUGAAAAGCUAAACCAAUCAACUUUCUGCCACUGUCAGAGCAUAGUGAUAGACGGGAAUCAUAAUCCAAGACCAAAGUUGUGAGUGACAGCAAUGCAAUUGGCCAUUUAUUCUGGAUUGAUUAAUGCAAAAUUCAAGGGUGUAAUUGUCUUGGAAUUGUGGUGGGAUUAUUGAGGAAGGGAUUCUCUCUCUUGCUUUGUAUGUUGGAUGGAGGGAAUGUUAGAGAGAACUCUCGGGUGUACAUUCUCUAGACCUGUUCCUUGUGAUCUUAAAUCAGCCAUUAAAUUUUGCAUUC